UCACGUCCCUUCCGCGUUGGCAAUUCCGCCGGUGUGGGGAUAUCCACGUCAGUUUCAUCUUUAUAAACAGAAAUCAACUUCUGGUUAACUAGCUUGUUGUUAAGUAACGGCAUAUGCAAUACAUAUCUCUGGCAGCUUAGCUUAGGUAGCUACCAUCUAAACAGCCGCUACAGAUAUGUCAUCAAUUGAGACCGAUGAUACCUACGAUUUUGUCUUUAAAAUAGUUUUAGUUGGAGAUGUCGGGGUGGGCAAAACUUGUGUGGUUCAACGUUUCAAAACUGGCGUAUUUAUCGAGAGACAAGGAAAUACAAUUGGGGUGGACUUUACAAUGAAGACUAUGGAUAUUCAAGGAAAGAGAGUCAAGCUGCAGAUCUGGGACACAGCUGGACAGGAGCGUUUCCGCACCAUCACGCAGAGUUACUACCGUAGCACAAAUGGUGCCAUCAUCACCUAUGACAUCACUAAGAAGGCCUCCUUCAUGUCUGUGCCGAAGUGGAUGGAAGAUGUCAAGAAAUAUGGAGGCUCCAACAUUGUUCCUCUUCUAAUUGGUAAUAAAUCGGACUUGGAAGAGAUGCGUGAAGUCCCCUUUGAAGAUGCACAGACAAUGGCUAACCAACUGGAGUUCAUCCAUGCUAUAGAAACGUCAGCAAAGAGCUCCAGCAACGUGGAUGAGGCCUUCAACAAAAUGGCUGCCGAACUCAUCCUUAGGCAUGGUGGGCCCAUGUUCAAUGAAAACGUUACGGACAGCUUCAAACUCAACAGCAAGGACGUAGCCGCAGAGGGUUGGGGAUGUGGAUGUUGACACCUAACCUAAUCCAUAGUAAUACUGUAGAGCUGUGGAUAUUGAUGUCAUUCUCAGAGUUAAUGUGUGUUCCUGAGCUGGCAGAACAAGUUAACCUGUGCAAUACAUCAACUCACGCCUAAUAUUAUUUUACUGGGACCAGUUUCAGCACUUCAGUGUAGCAGUAGCUCAGCUCAGCUGAAAUGAAACCAAUGUGAGGAAGUUGCCUGUAAAUGGCCAGUAAAAGUCUGCCAUGAAGCACAUGCAAAUUUAAAGAACAGUUGCACAGGGCAGAGGAACUGUAGCAAUCGGCGGAAUAUUUAUGUACAAACAAGUUAAUUAUUACCGCCUAGAGAUGAUCACACACAGCAAACAUGGAGGAUAAUCACUAGCCAUGUUGUAAUUCCACUGUUCGACCAGAAAAUGUCACAUUUAUGCUGAGCUUUUUGUUUUUCUUAACAGUGUUCAAUAGAAAGAGAAACAAUGCAAAUCAGGCAUCAUCCAUGUGGUGGUGGUGGUGGUGGUGGUGGGGG